AGCAACUACUAGUACAACGAGUAAAAUAAACGAAACCGGCGAUGCCGUGGAGAAGGAAAAGAAAGAGCAGGAACAGGCAACGGUAUUGGAUGAGCCCCGGGCUGAGGAUGCACUCGAAAAGUUAGUGGACAACGCGCUCGAGCCGCCGAGUAUGGAAGCGUCGGGAUUAAUAUCGGCAAUGUUGAAAUAAAAAGUAAUUCCUCAUGCAUAAAUUGCAAGGCAUGCAGUUGAUGGUUCCUCUCUUGCAGGGAUGGCAAGUGAGGCCGACUGUCAGCCUGUAGCUCGGGGUCUGCGAUAGAGCUGCUAAAGCAGCAUGACAAGAGACGCCUUCGUUCCCUAAACAGCAUGACAAACGGGAUUCAGAUGGUGCCAAAAUUUGUCAUGUCCCGCUUCAAAAUUGGGCUUCCAAUUGGUAUCGAUUUUAUGCAUCGCAAAUUUUCAACUUUGUCGAUUUCGAUCCUUACGCCCCCAUACUGAGCGCGGCCUUUUUACCGGGCGUAAACCGGGACGAGGAGAAGCUGCUGUAUUACAGUGAAACAUGCCCCCACCCACAAAGGUGCAAAAUUUUGUGAUGCAAGGUUUCCAAAUGAAAACUUUUUGUUGCGCAUGAAAGGAGUAUGAAUCUUUCUGAUGCAGAUUCUUGGCGUGUAUCGCAUCGCUUGCAUGACAGGCGCCGCUCUUGCUGGGGUCUUUUGCAAUAAAAAUUUUUCCUCUUCACGAUAGGAACUCUGUGAUGCUGAUAGAUGCAGGAGGGCGAGUGUUUCAUUUGGAAAGGUUUGCAAUACAAAUCAAUGCUCCCAAGUUCGGGGGUGGGGGCAUUUUUCAUUGCAAUAUGCUGGAAACCGAGUGCUACGUGCGGACCUGGAACGAAGCAGUAGACUACGUGUACAAUGUCCGCGAGGAAGUGGGAAUGGCGGAUGAGCUCCUAUGCAUUGCAAAAGUAUAACGUGCUAGUCGUAAUUGCAAUACAAAUUACCUCAGCAUGACAAGUGGAAUUUCUCAUGCUGUUUUACCUUGGGAUGGAGAUUUGUAAUGCACCAUAACUGCGAUGAUUACUACGAGUACGUCGAUACUUUUGCGGUUGAUAGCUCCACACCCUGAAUAACUGCAUGAAGACGUGGGGCCUGAAGCCCCAGGUGUCUACGCACGAACACGAACAGGCCUUGCGCCACUUUCUCCCGGGGGUAGCCGAAGACACAAGGCAGUUGCGCAUCCUACUCCACCUUAUCCACAGAAAAUUUCCCAUACGCGCACAAUCAAAUUCAAAUGCGGCCUCUGCAUGACAAACCUUGGCUUCGAUCCUAGUUUAGCAUGACAAGUGAUGUUACACUCCGAAUUGACGAGAUUUGUGAUGCAUUUUGUCCAUGUAGUUGUACGGGAAACAAAUUUGUAUUGCAUACCCCUAGAGGACAUCGUAGAAGAUGCGUCAGGAACCUCCCCGUGGUGCGUGGCCAAAAAAAUGAGGGACGAUAUCGCUCGCCGCAUGAAAGGAGGAAGUGCUUCUUCUAAUAUGGGCGAACAACAAGAAACAGCAC